AUGUUUCUGGAGGAACCGAUUUAUCACCAGGCGGCUCUUGCGAGCGUCGUGUUCUCUGUCUCGCUCUCGCUGUUCGUCUUCUUCUCUCACUUGGCGUACGCCUACCACACAGAUGUCCGCAGUGGCCUGCUCCUCCUUUUGUGUCGGCUUCGUAAGCUCUUUCUCCCGCUCUUGCCCUCCUCUUCGUCAGUUUGCAGGUACCUUCCGCAGGCGCGCGAAGUCUCUUCGGCGCCGCCGCUCCAGUCUCCUCUCUACGUCUGCCGCAUUGUCCUGCUCGUUCCGGUCUACGCCAUCACUUCAUACUUAGCCUUGACAUACGCCACGCCGUCCCCUUCCUCGCGACUUCUGGCGCCGAUUCUCGCACCUGACGGCGUAGGCGCGGCGGCGUCUCUGCUGGCCUCACCGCCGACGGCGGUCGAGGCUGGGCUCCACCAAGAGUCUCCGGUUGGAGACGAUCUCGCGUCGUCCCUCGUCGCCGAGGAUUUGCCCCCCAGUCGGCGGCUGUCGGCUCGGGCGGACGCGGCGCCGCCUUCUGUCUCGUGGCCAAGGGGCGCCUUGGCGUCAUCGGCAUCAAGCGCCGAAAAGAAGUCGAACGCCUUUCCGCCGGCGGCGCGGUCGGGCGCGUCUGCUUCGUUCGCCGAAGAAGCAGGGGAGAUUCAGGGAGGGGAGGGCCUUGGCGCGCGGCUCGGUCUCGACUUCGAGGGCGUGGAAGAAGGGACGGGCGGGCCUCUAGGGUUUGUCCUGCACGCGGUCAGAGACCUCUACGAGGUCUACGUUCUCUACAGCUUCAUUGCCCUAGUCAUCUCCGUUCUAGGCGGAGAAGAACGAGCUGUUGAGCAGCUGCACCUGAAGGGCUCUCUGCAGCAUCCAUGGCCUUUCAACCAGGUGUUCCGUCCUCUCGACUGCAACAGGAGGCUCUUGCGCCGCAUCAAGGUCGGAGCCGCGCAGUUCGUCUUCGUCAAGCCAGUCGCCACGCUGUUGAGUCUACUCUUUCGGCGGCGAGGCUUUCUGUACUUCGCGGCCGUGAGCAACGUCUCUGCGGGGAUUGCGAUGUAUGCCCUCGUCCUCUUCUACUUGGCCGUGCGCCAGCGCCUGCGCGCCUUUCGCCUCCUCCCUAAGUUUCUCUGCAUCAAGGCGGUUGUCUUCUUCUGUUUUUGGCAAGCGCUGUGUCUUCGCUGGCUGGUCGCGCUUCUGUUCUCGGCGCUGCAGUCGGGUGCUCACGAAAAAGUGAAUUUUUUGGAGGGCCUCGCCUCGAACGCCGCAGCCGCCGCCAUCGCACUCCGCAUCGCCGACUGGGCACUCUGCAUCGAAAUGACUCCCUUCGCCAUCGCUGAGACCUGCGCGUUUUCUGUGCGCGACCUGAAGGCCGUCGCGACGUCCCCUCCGGACUUUUGUCGCCGCGCGCAUGGAGGCCUGUCGUGUCAUGCCUCGCAGGCCUCUCGGAGCAUCGCGUCAGCGGGGUCGCCUUCGCAUGCGAGUUUCGCGGGAAAGGCGGGCCGCGAGCGCGCCGAGCGCAGCUUUUUCUGGGAGAAAUUCGGGCGCACAGCGGCUGCGGCUGGCCUCAGCGGGCGCGGAGACGCCGACGAGGAAGAGAGCGAGCGGCAGCUGCUGUGUACGUACACCGGCGCCGAGUUCGAGCCGCGGGCGCGCGGCGGCAAGCCGGGCGGCGGCGGGCGCGCGCGAGCGAGCGGAGACGACGAUGAAGGGGCGAGCUUCCUUGCGCGCGAGGACGACGACAUGCGCGGCGAGGAGAAGGAAAUCUUCCUCGACGACAUCCACUGCGACGGGGGCCGCGACGAGAGCGGCUACCUGCACCACGUCGCCUCGCAAGCGAAGCUGAAAAAACCUUUAAAACAGUUCGUGAAGGGCGUUCGCGACCUCCUCGUCGCGGACGACAUCCUCUGCGACGCCACCGACGCGCUCUUUGGGCGCAGCCAGGCGCGAAGAGAGUAUCUCUUGGAAGAGCGGAAGCGCGAGGCCGGCGCGGACGCAGAGACCGGCGACGGCGUUGGAGCCCAAGCCGGAGACGAGCACGACCGCCUGCUGCAGAAUCCGGAGGGCGCGGGCCCCCAGGCGCUCGCCGCCGACGCGACGCCUUACCAGCAGAGCGGCGCCCUGCGAAGCCCCGCGGCCAGCGCAUCCGAAGAGGACACUGACGGGCGCGAGUCUCCUGUAUGGAGCCUCAGACAGCCGGUCGCGGACGCCGAGACGCGUCAGCGUUUCGAGCCCUACGCCGCCUCGACUUCCUCGCCCUUCUCGCCCUCCUCCUCGGCUGCAGUCGAGGCGGCAGGGCCGCGCGAACUGCUGUGCGGCAAGAACAGCUGCGAGAGCGAGCCGCCGAGCCCGUGGCGCGCGUCGUCGCCCACACUCGACUGCCACUCGAUUCGCCUCGCGCCCUUCUCGCCCUCGUCGCUGCCUCCGGCGGCCUCCUCUUCGGCGUCGCCCGCCUCGUUUUCCGCGUGCUCGCCGUCAUCGUUCUCCGCCUGCGCGAUUUCGCCGGCAUCUGUUUCGUCCUCCGCCUUUCGCUCCCCGCCGCGCAGAUCCGAAGGCGACUUCGCGCUGCGCAUCGUCCACCUGGGCGUCGAGCGCGACGCCUCGCCCCUCGAAGGCCGCGAGUCCCGAGACGGGAGUCUGCUCUUCUAA